UCUGUCUUUGAGCACUGCAGCUCAGUUCCAUCAUGGCGAUGCACGCCAAAGCGACUCCUCCGCAGAUCCCAGAUACUCGUCGCGAGCUUUCCGAGCUGGUCAAAAGAAAACAAGAGCUGGCGGAGACUCUGGUGAAUCUGGAAAGGCAGAUUUAUGCAUUUGAAGGAAGUUAUUUGGAGGACACUCAGAUGUACGGGAACAUCAUUCGAGGAUGGGACCGAUAUCUGACCAAUCAAAAGAAUUCCAACAGCAAAACUGAUCGGAGAAACCGGAAGUUCAAGGAAGCAGAGCGUCUUUUCAGCAAGUCCUCCGUCACAUCAGUGGCAGCUGUUUGUGCUCUCGGAGGAAUUCCUGAUCAUAUGAGUGAAAAACGUGAGCCUGGCAGUGGAACAGAGAGCGACACGUCCCCAGACCUCCAGAACCAAGAAAACGAACCCAGCCAGGAAGACACAGAGGAGGCAGACGGAGCCCUGCAGGACCUCAAACCUCAAAAAGCGGCUUCAACAUCCUCUGGAAGCCACCACAGCAGCCACAAGAAACGCAAGAACAAGAACAGACACAGAUUUGAUAUGAAGAUGAACAAGAAACCCAGGGCGGACUAUUCGGCCUAACAGACCUCCAGCGGCCUCAUUCAUUCACGCAAACCAAACCUCUUCUGUCAGCUUCGGGUCUCAACCAUCAAUAACAUCUGUAUUUUCCCUCACCUCCAAUACUGUUGGCUUCUCUCCUGACUGUAGUGAAGCUCUCGUGUCAUUUUUAGUCAGUCUGAUAUAUUAAGAUCCGUCUGUUAUUGCAAACAUGAGAUGAAAACCUGAGAUUCCAGUUUUACACGUGAAUCUUUUAUUUAUGACGUUACGUGGAUGAUGUAUCAGUGAAUUCAAACAUUUCCCAUAUGCCUUCAGUUUCGUUUUGUGUAGCUAAUGUAAAGAUUUCACACAUCGUACAUUUUUUAUGUUUGUUUUAUUUUUACCAUCUUGUUUUUUGAAUAAAACUUAAAACAAUCGA